UGCUGGCAAGGCUCCUCUCAACGGCUAGGCUAUUUAUAGCCUAAUUCCCACUUCACUCUGCUGCAACCUCUUUUUCAACUUUUCUUGUGUCUUUUCUUUCCCGAGAAAGUGCAGCCCAAAAUGUUGGCUCAGGAAAUUUCAAUUUCUUGCUUCUUUCUCUUCUCCGUCUUCUGCUUGUUCGUUUCGGGGCCUGUUUCGUCUUCCAACAGUGAUUUCUCUGCUUUGCUAUCGUUCAAGGAGUCCUUAUUACAGCCUUCUCAAGUGCUUUCCUCUUGGGUUAACUCCAGCAGCCCUUGCUUGGACUCCUGGAUUGGCGUCACCUGCAACCCCAGAACCCAGAGAGUUACCCGACUCGUCCUCGACAAUCUCAACCUCACUGCCUCUAUUCACCCACUCGCUCAACUAACUCAGCUCCGACUCCUUAGCCUCAAGAACAACCGUCUCUCCUCUUCUUCCAACCUCAACCUCUCUUCAUGGCCAAGCCUCAAGCACCUCUACCUCUCUUUCAACCGACUCUCUGGAAAAUUCCCUUCUGGGGUAUCAUGUCUCCGGCGUCUUCACCGCCUCGACCUCUCUCACAAUUACUUUUCUGGUGAUAUUCCGAUUGAUGAACUUGCUUGGUUACCGCACUUGCUGACAAUUCGACUUGAGGCCAACUCCUUCGCUGGGACUAUCGACUUUGUUAACCCAUUAUCUUCUUCCAUUUUAGAAUUUAAUGUAUCGAAUAACCAUCUCUCCGGCAAAAUUCCUGCAUGGCUAACCCGUUUCCCCGCUAGUUCGUUCUCUGGUAAUGAUCAUCUAUGCGGUGAACCGUUGAGGAGCGAAUGCUCUAAUCAAACUGUGCGGAGCCAGCCUGUACAAUCAGGCAGUUCUGUAACGGAGAAGAAAAGGAGUAAAUGGGUGGUGUUUAUGAUCGUGGGUAUCGACACGGCGGCGAUUGUGGCGGCGAUCGCAACCAUAACGUGCUGUUGUUAUUAUAGGAGAAUAAGAAAUAGUGGGAACCAUGGAGAAGUUAUCGAGAGGAAAGAUGGGUUACAUCCCCAAAUUGGAGGCUAUUACUACGGCGGCGCUGGUGGGCGCAGAGAGGGGGAGGAGAUGGUAGUGUUUGAAGGGUGCAAGAGUUUUAAUGGCGUGGAUGAUCUGUUGAAAUCCUCAGCUGAGUUGUUAGGGAAGGGUUCCAUUGGGGCCACUUACAAGGUAGAGAUGAACGGAGGAGAUGUGUUGGUGGUGAAGAGGGUAAAAGAAAGAAGGCGGAAGAGGGAGGUUUCUGGAUGGCUGAGAGUGAUAGGUGGGUUGAGGCAUGGUAACAUUGCAAGCCUGAGAGCAUAUUAUAAUUCCAAGGAUGAGAUGCUUUUGGUCUAUGACUAUCUACCAAAUGGAAGCCUACAAUCUCUCUUGCAUGGGAACAGAGGACCAGGGAGGACUCCAUUGGACUGGGCCACACGGCUAAAAAUAGCUUCAGGUUCUGCAAAAGGCCUUGCCUUCUUGCAUGGAUACAAUAAGGCAAAGCUCUUCCAUGGGAACCUCACAUCUUCGAAUAUCUUAGUUGAUCAGUUUGGCAAUGCCUGCAUUUCUGAGAUUUGCCUCCGCCAACUCUUGCACUCACCCUCUCCUUUAUCAAACAAUUCCUACAAAGCCCCUGAACUAAUGCCUAACAACAAUAACAGUGUCGGGCAUGGAAAUGGAAAGUUCACUCAGAAAUGUGAUGUUUAUAGCUUUGGGGUGAUUUUGCUAGAGAUUCUGACGGGGAAAAUGCCAAAUUGUGAGGGAGAAAAAAGUUUAGUGAGGUGGGUUCAGAGAGUUUGGCGAGAAGAGUGGACUUGGGAGGUGUUUGAUUUUGAGUUGUAUAGGUGCAAGGAGAUGGAAGAAGAAAUGAUGGCUCUUAUGCAAGUAGCUUUACUUUGCUUGGCUCCAUUGCCCAGAGACCGUCCAAAGAUGAGCAUGGUGCAUAGGAUGAUUGAAGAUAUUAGGACUAAGGGUGCAAGACAAGGUGGCAUUGGCAGCCCAAAUUCCAUUCUCAAUGAUCUUUCAUCUGAUUCAUCUCCUUCUGUAUCAGAAAACACCAUUAACUUUAUUAGUAGCAGUUGAUUGAAAAAUGGAACAGAGCUGGUUAACUUCAUUUGUUCUUGUAGAGAACUGUUCUUGGAAUAUCUAAAACUGGCGCUGUUCAGUUGUUGUAGAGGCAGAAGAUAGGUUGCAGCACCACCCAGCAAGAAAAAUCUGACGUCCUGCCAUAGCGAGGCUCAUAUGUUUAUUUGCUUGGUGAUCUAGAGACAGGAUUUAGGUUUUAAUAUUUUUAUCAUUUCUAGUUCAUGAUCUAAGAUGCUAAUAAAUUGCCAAUUAUCAGUAAUUAAAAAGCUUGCCACUUGUCCCCA